UUUUCAUAGAGUGAACAAGAAGAAAGAAAAGAAACAACAAACGAAGCGACUCAUUGAAUUCGAUGUAAAGAGGUGUAACAAGGCCGUUUCGCCCGGGAAGUUUUGUGUGGCUGACUGACAAAACGUUUUGACGCUGAACAAUGAAUCACAAAACCAGGAAAUUCUCACUGGACAGCAGCGGCAGUCCGAAUGGACCAUCAUCACCAGUUGGCGGGGGAAGAAGCAACAGCCUCUCCAGCAGGAAAUCCAGUCUGAAGCCGAGCUUCCAGGAAGCUGCACAGGAGACUCAACAGUUCAACCCCAGCCUUGAUGCAAGAAUGCCCCUCAGGGAAAUAAACACAACUGAAGAUGUUUUUGACAGAUCCGACAGCCUCAACAGAAGUCAUAGCUUCCAGAAGUACAAAAAGAGCUUCCACAAGCUGUUUCCAGAGAUUCCUGAAGAGGAGAACCUGACCCACACGUUCACCUGUGCCCUGCAAAAAGAGGUUCUGUAUCACGGGAAGCUCUUCGUUUCGGAGCACCAUGUCUGCUUCCACUCAUCUGUGCUGUUCACAGACACCAAGGUGGUGAUCCCAGUUUCCAGCGUGUCGCAGGUCAAGAAGCAAAACUCGGCUCUGUCUAUGCUUUCCAUCCAAACAUCCACUGCAGAGAAGUAUUCGUUUGCAUCUUUGAGAAACCGUGAGAUGUGUUACAGACUGCUCCAAAACAUCUGCUCACACACACAGGAACAGGAGACUGCAAACAGCAGCCCCAACCCCUCCUCUACAGAAAAUGAAGCAGAUCAUGACAGGGUCUCGGGUCGUUCCAGUUUAGAUGACAGUCUAGAUCCAGAUGUCAACAGCAUCUGCUUUGACAGCAUCCUCCCGGCUAAUUCUAGUGAAGCUCCCUGCAGAUGCAGUUCUCCCCGUCCAAACAACCCUAGACAUGCAGACCGUAGAGAUAUGUGGUGGAUCUGGAGGGCUGUGGAGAAAGUGAUGCCAUUAUUUCUAAGAGAAGCAAAGAAUUUGGGCGCCAUCAGCUUUGUCUUCAUCAUACUACUGUUGCUGAUGGUGGUGGCAUCCGGGUACAUCGGGCUGAAGAUCACAGCUCUGGAGGAGCAGCUGAACUUUUUGGGAGCCAUAAAUGAUUUGACUUCGCACUACACAGAGUGAAAGAAGCAUAGCCACAGGCAGCAAGCUAACAAAAGCUUUUUCCAACUACAAUUCUGAGCAUUUUGAUGUAGCACAAUUCAAAUAUGAAGGUUGUAAAUGUUCCACACUGCAAACCUUUUUUUUUGUUAAAUCGGCUUAUUGAAUCUCUAAAAUCCCGUGUGCUGUGUUGUGGGGUCCAGAUGACCCCACUCCCAAUAUUAAAGUGCCGUGGAUAGCACAAGGGUUACAAGAGAAUCUGUUUUUUUUUUUUUUUUUUACAAUGGUAUAAAGAGGAUUCUGGGAUUUCUGAACAAGGCCACAUACAGAUAAAUGGCAGAAAAGGCUGCAGGACAGCAUGUUCAGUUUAGAUAAAUAAAAUACUCAACGCUACAGCAUAAGAUCUACAUCAAAGACACUCGACAAGCAGCAAAGCCCAAUUAAGAAAUCACCGUCUUUACAUGUUGUGACCUUGUGUUAAAAAAAAUUGUGCCAACUCGUUCUAAUUUUGAGUAAAAAAUGUAGCAACAUUAAAGAUGCAGUGACAAGAACUAACCAGAAGAGGGCAGUCAUCCCCAAAAAUUCAAUGCUGCACAGGUGGAUUUAUUCAACUACUUCUCUUUUUGUGUUUAAUUCUAUUUCAAGACCAUUUUUUUGUUUCGGUGCAUGACUGCUGUUUUUAUAGUGCAUGGACUCCUAUUUAUUCAGUGUUUCAAUCUUUAACUCUGUACGACUACCUUUCACUCAUUGUACUAUAGCUGUUUUUUUUUUUAAUACAAUAGAAAAUAAAUGUUUUAAAUAAA